AUGUACGAGAUGGCUCAUUCCAGACGGAAGAAACGAAAUCUUGAGCGGCUGUACGAACACUAUCCGGCUUUUGAUCUAGCAAACUUUGGCGGUAUUGGUGGCUUAGGUGGUUGGGGUGGAUACGGACCGUGGAAUGGCGGCUUUGAGAGCCAAUAUUACGACCUGCCGGGCACUGUCGAACAAGCAACGCGAUCACAUGUAGAGGCACAAAACGAUUUUGAAAAGUCAAAGGAAAAGUAUGAGGAAGCCAAGAAGAAGUAUGAGGAAUGCGAGAAGAAGGUCAAAGAAGCAGAGCAAAUGCUUAAAUUAGCAAAGUAUCAUGCUGGAGCUUGGUGA